CCAUUGUUGAAAAUUGUUGCGCAUGGGAAGAAAAUGCAACAAUUUACUCCGCCGGUACUUCCGCGACCCAUAGAGAAUUGGGUGAAUUUGUCUGGUCUGAACCCAUUACAACGGGGUAGUUUGAAGAUGAUCGACAACAACUUGAUAUCUGCCUUUGUUGAAAGAUGGCAUUCUGAGACAUCGUCAUUUCACAUGCCAUUUGGUGAAAUGACGAUUACUUUGGAUGAUGUUGCCAAUCUUCUCGGAUUGCCUAUUAGGGGUGAGUUCUACAGUCCACCCGAUGUAGAUAGAGUAACAGCAUGUAAUCUUGCCGUCCAUCUAUUAGGAGUGACCACGGAAGAGAUCUGGGAGGAGACCAGAAAGACUAGAGGUGCACACUAUAGAUUGGAUUGGUUGAAGGAGGUGUUCAGAAGGCAGUGUGCAGCAGAGAGGUUUGACUGUGCUGCUAGGGCAUAUCUGUUGAAUUUAGUCGGGAGUACUAUUUUCGCUGAUAAGAGUCAUACUCUAGUUGAUGCGAAGUACCUCCCUUUAUUCAGAUAUUUAGAUGGUAUAGAUAGAUAUGCAUGGGGUACUGCUGCACUAGUGGUGCUUUAUGACUACCUCUCAGAUGCCUGCUAUUAUGACACCAAACAGCUAGGUGGAUACAUGACGUUGCUUCAGUGCUGGAUUUACGAAUAUUUUCCGAAUAUUUGUAAUAGAGGUGAUCAGGGUGCUGACGUGGAAUGUUUUGCCCGAAUGAAUAGAUGGUGCUAUAAGCAAGGCAAGCAUAAGGUCCACGAAUACAGAAGUAUUAUUGAUGCAUUGACACCUGCAGAUGUUAUAUGGAGACCAUGGGAGAAUCACAGGGGUGUCAUUCCUUUUGAUGAUAUCACACUUUAUACUGGUCACAUUCGAUUAUGCAGCACUGUAGCGAAAUAUCUACCAGAGAGGUGUUUGAGACAAUUCGGAUAUAUCCAGUAUAUUCCUUCACCGCCACUUCCAGAUCCUGCUAGAUUAUUUGAUGUAGAUGUGGAAUGGUUGGGAUAUGUGACGCCAGUGACAGAGCUAUUUCCCAAGCUUCGUCCAGCUACAUAUCCAUCUGAGUGUGAAGAUGGAUAUUUGGAGUGGUUCUAUCAGGUGUCUCAUCCACUGCUGGUGCGACCAGAUGGUGUACCUCAGGUCCCACGUUAUAGUGUACCGCCCACCAGUGCAGAUGCUUCUAGUUCACAGCCGCCACCUAUCCUACAGCAGAUCGGUGAUCUUAUACAGCAGGGGUUGAGUGAACAUCAAGCUAGUCCAGAUGAUGAGUUGUAUAGGCACUUUUAUAAAGCUUUGUAUUUAUCACGUAGUCGCACUAGUUAGUAGUAACACUUUUGUAACUGUUGUUAUGUAGGUUAUUUUAUGAACACUUUUGAUGAA